AUGAUAGAUGCACAAGCAUCAAAUAAUAAUAAUUUUAAAAUUAAAGGGUACUCUGGUAUUUCUUUUUUAUAUUCAAAUUGGACAUAUUCAUUUUUAUUGGUAGUUCAAUUAGUUGCGUUAGGAUUUUUUCUACAAGGUUUAAUUAUAUAUUUUCAAUAUGACAAAUCAAAUGAUUGGAGAGUAGGUCUUUUAUGGGCUGGUGCUAUCAUUGCCACUGUAUCUUGUAUUUUUAUUUCAAUUUCAACUUUUGCAAAUAAUCAAACGUUUUUUAAAAUUGGGUUAUUCUUUGUUGGAAUAACACUUAUAAUUACAUUAUUGGAUAUAGGGUUAUUGGUAUCAACAAAGAAUAGUAAUAUAGGUGAUUUACAAUAUUGCAGUAAAGAAAAAUCGAUUGAACCAUCUACAUGUGUUAAAUUAUGGGGUCAACAAUUUUGUGGUAAUUACAUAAUUCUACAAUGUGCUCAACUCUCAAGAGGUUUUAAAAAACUAUUAUUGAGUCAAGCUGCAGUUUCUUUAGUUCAAGCAUUUUAUAUUGGUCUAUCGCUUUUAAAACUAUUUAGACAAACAAAACGUAAAUCAAGUUCAUCAUAUCGUCCAUUAAUAGAUUUACAAAGAAAAUCAAAUGCUGAUUUAGCUCAAAAUGUAGUUCAAUUAAAGAAUUUUUCAAUUGAAAAGAAUUAUUUAGAAGUUUCAAUUAAAAGUUUAGAAAUUACCAUUAAAACAAUGGGUAGAGUUAGAACAAUCUUUGAAAAUACUCGUCUCUUUUGGUUACAAAUUAAAGCUCAAUGUGAUUCAUUAUCUGAUGUUAGUAAUAUUAAAGAUCUCGCUGAAGUUGCUGAACUUAGUGUUAUAUAUCAAACUGAUUUCACCAAUCAAAUUAAAUAA